AAAGCGCAGCCGUGAUUGGGCGGUGAGCUGCCGGCGGGGGCGGAGCCGGCAGCGGGCUGUGGGGGCGACAAGAUGGCGGCGGAGACCGUGGAGCUCCACAAGUUGAAGUUGGCCGAGCUGAAGCAGGAGUGCCUCGCCCGUGGGCUGGAGGCGAAGGGCAACAAGCAGGAUCUGAUCAACAGGCUGCAGGCCUACCUGGAGGAGCACGCUGAAGAAGAAGCAAACGAAGAGGAUGUUCUGGGAGAAGAAAUAGAGGAAGAAGAGCAGAAACCAGCAGAGCCACCCACCAAAGUAGAAGAGCCUCCUGUAAAAUCGCCUGAUGUGAGCACGGAAAAGAAAGUAGUGAAAAUAACAUCGGAAAUCUCACAGAUGGAGAGAAUGCAGAAGAGGGCUGAGCGCUUCAACGUGCCCGUGAGCCUGGAGAGCAAGAAGGCAGCGCGUGCAGCUCGGUUUGGUUUGGCCACAGUUUCGACAAAAGGCCUCUCUGCAGACAGCAAACCUACGGUAAACAUGGAUAAAUUAAAGGAAAGGGCUCAGAGGUUUGGUUUGAAUGUCUCUUCGCUCUCCAAGAAGAGUGAAGAAGAUGAGAAACUGAAGAAGAGGAAGGAGCGGUUUGGCAUCGUGACGAGUUCAGCCGGGGCUGGAGCCACAGAGGACACAGAGGCAAAGAAGAGGAAAAGAGCAGAGCGCUUCGGGAUCGUCUGAUGCUGGCCCCUUCCAGCUGCACCCUUUGCAGUGUGCAUCCUGAGUGCGUGAAUCCUUCCCUCUCCCCCACUUCCUCUCUCCUCUGUUCCUCGGGUUUUAGCGUUGAGUAGAUAGGGAACCCCCCAUAGUUGUACGAUUGUGUUACUUAACUCUUUCAAUUUACUAAGUUUAAAAAAAAAAAAA